CGUGCAAUAGUAAGCCGUAGUCAUAGCAUUGAGCUGGUUGCUAUAGAAACAUGCACCUAGGUCAAGUUGUUGAAUGUUCGUUGUCAACGUAGAAUUUUCUAUGCUUUGGAACACACAGUUUUGCUCAGUUUCAUUCCAUUCUUCGUCCGGUACACUUCACGUAACGAAAUGGCCUCCCGGGAGAGUACCAUAUCGGCGAACGUCGCAGAUAUUCUCAUUAAAAAGUUGCGUGAUAAGCGAGCACAGGCGCGGGAACUUCGUAUACCACCUCCAACACCAACGAAACAACCAUCCGUACGUUACUCACCGGAGCUGAGCGUGGAGCUGCAGCCCGGUAAUGAAACGCUAGAUGCAAUGAAACGUAAGCUCGGUGUCAUCGAUACUUGCUUCCCUGCCUAUCGACCACCGGCAGCAGACGAGGAGGAAACGGUCGAGUAUCCGGAAACGUAUCGUACCCUGUCGUCGAAGGAGAAGCUGGUGUUACUGUUUGCGGAGAACUUCCGGCGCCAGUAUCGGGAGAAGUUUCCCAACCGUCAACCGUUAGUGUUGGCACCGCCGAACGAGUGUGAUGUGCAGAAGUUCGUGUGCACAACGCUCCGGCCGUCCGUUUUGUUGUUUCCGGAUUUGAUCGGAUCCUGGCAGGAGAUAGCGGCUUUCGUAGCGGACUAUAUCGUGUAUGAACCGCUCGUGGAUCAGACAAACAUGCCCACUCGCUUGGUAUCGCCGGAUGAGGUGCUAAAACGACGGCGAGCGAACAGCUUCGAGUUGGCAACACUGCUCUGCAGUUUUCUGAUCGGAAACGGUUUUGCGGCUUGUGUUGUGUCCGGCUACGCAACGCGCGAAGUGGUCAACAACGAUCAGCAACGCGUCGUUUGCCCUUUUGUGCCGGUAGAGGAUGAGGAAAACGGUGAAGAGGAACAACCGGAAGCUCCCAACAAGUAUCAACUGCGCCAACCGCCCGAUCUUCGCAGUCAGUAUCUGCUCAACAUUGAGGAGGAAAAGGUAGCGAAAGUGCAAGCGGAAGAAGCAAACCGUUUAGCAGCGGAGCAGGAAGAGGUCGAACGUCUGGAGCAACCGCCCGAUGAUCCUAAACGGGGCCAUCGGGUACAUGCCUGGGUAGCGAUCCUGAUGAAUGCUCCCUGGUGCUACAAACCAGGCUACCGCGAGAUGUCACUCGAUCCAAACACGGGCGAACAAGUCCUGCAGCCGCCAAGUGCGUUCUUCCUCGAACCGUCUACAGGUUUCCGACACGAGGUGUCCACUACCGACUAUCUUGCCAUCGAGAGCAUCUGGAACCAGCACAACUAUUACGUCAACAAGCAGGAUCCAGCUGGUGGACUAGCGAAGAUGCGUUGGGAUCUUGCCGAUGGUCACGAUUGGGAACACUUUCUGCCCGGUGAACCGUACGAGCUGCGCGAGGAUUGUGCCGUCCCGGAGGAUCAGGACCCGCUCACGACGGAGGAAGAGAUCGAGAAGGAGAAACAUCUCGAUAUGCCAACGUCCUGGGUCCGUUCGCUUAACGUGUCCCGUACCGACUACGAACAACGCUUCCCGGAUGGUACGAAGGUGAUCUACUUCAAGAAGACCAUUUAUGAACGGUUUGCUCCGUAUCGUAACUUGAUUGGCUUGGUGCGCCGUAUCACGACGUACGAAACGUUGGACUACGAUGGUGCAAUUAGUCGGUGGGAGUUUUACGCGAACCGGGAUGAUCAACUGAACCUCGUACGCAUCGAGUAUCGGACGAACGAAACGGAGGAACACUUUGACAAAGGGCGGCCGGAUUGUUUGCGUCUGCUUAAGCAUCGGGCUGCACCGAAUAAUGAGUAUGAGCUGCGAUUCUUUCACCAAUAUCGUUUUGAUGCGCUGCGGACAUUAAUCUAUCACGCAUCAUACAUUCAGGAGCAUUACGACAAGCGAGAUGAUCUGUUGUACUAUCGCGAGUUUCACAAUAUUCCCAAGGAUCCAAUCACAAAAGAGCCGAGCAAAUUGACGCAUAUCAAUGAGAAGUUUCAUCAAAAUGCAACUAAAGAACCGGUGAAGGAUAUAGCCAUUCGAAACUGUUACAUACAGGACAACAAAAUCGCGCUGCAGUUCCAUUACGGCGAGGACUGCAUUACCGCUUCUACCAGAGAAUUCGUCAAACCACCCAAGUCGGAGAUGGGUGAAGAAGUGCCGUACGAUCCUACUUGCACAUCCGGCUAUGUGUCCAAUCCCUGGGACCCGCAGCCAACUCAGCUGGAUCUGUUCCUGAUGCUGAAGGAACAGCUCAAAGCGGAAGAACUCGCAUCGCACGCGUUUCGCCGCCGUGUGGUGGAAAUCGACACAAUGCUUAGCGAGCGUCGCAAGCAAACGGACUCGCCACGGCUUACCAACAGUUUGUUCGAUCCGUUACGCAACGAAGAGGCCCGCCAAUUGCGGCUAGCCAAGUACGAAGCCAUCAAGGCACGGGAGGAACAGAUCAAGCAACAGCAGGCCGAUUUCCUGGCGCCCUAUCUACUGCGGCUCGGUGACACUGCCAAGCGUGCUCCGACACGCGCCCAAGUGAUGGCACUGUACCGCGACUGUACGGCGGAUCUUCGUCACUUCUACCAACGGCUCGAGGAGGAGCUGCGCAAUCGUUGUGAUGAUCUGAUCACGGAGGAACAAUCGCUGAAGCGCUUUUUGUCCCGCUUCCAGCAACAUUUUGAGGAUGCCGAGUACGAGAAGUUUAUUGCCGAGGGUGAAACGAUCGAGCGGGACAAACACAUUCUGCAGAUGCGGUUGGAAAACAUACAGGACGAUUACCGGCGGAAGGCUGCACAUCUGCGACAGGCUUUACGUGCGGACGAACGGCUUCGUCCGUAUCUUGGCGCUAUGAUGGAGUCACCCGGCGACCAAAGUGAUUACGAUGAUGAAUGAAAGGUCGAGGUGGAAAAAUUAAAUUUCUGUGUGUUUAAGUGUGGUUUGGCUAAUUUUUUAAAAAUGGUUGUUUGAAAAAUUUUCAACAUAUGAAUAAACAUUUUCCUUCUUCUUAACAA